CAUUUCGAAGGUCCUAAAUGGAAGUAAGGUUAGAUGGUCGUGUGGUAUAGUGGUAUAUAAGGGGAGGAUGAGGAAACCCUAAAAAACCCUCUCGCUUAUUGCUGCCGUCGCUACUCUCUUUACCGUGCCUUGAGAUUCUUGCGAAGAUGGUUCUACAAAACGAUAUCGAUCUGCUUAACCCACCAGCAGAGCUUGAGAAGAGGAAGCACAAGCUCAAGCGUCUUGUUCAAUCUCCCAACUCAUUCUUCAUGGAUGUGAAGUGCCAAGGCUGCUUCAACAUCACUACUGUUUUCAGUCACUCGCAGACUGUUGUGGUGUGUGGAAACUGCCAGACAGUUCUUUGCCAGCCUACAGGAGGAAAGGCCAGGCUCACAGAAGGAUGCUCUUUCAGGAAAAAGUGAGAUUUGAUUUUGAAGCUUGAAGCAAUCAUCAAAUCAGUCAAAGCCGUUUUCUUUUUUGUUCUAAUGAUAUUAUGAAUCUUGGUUAUCUGUUUUAAAAAGGUUGGAGUUUAGUGGAAGAAACCUUUGUUGAUGUUUGGAUUUUAAGGUUAUUACUAUUUUAAAGGUUCUUUUGAGA